GUGUGUGUGUGUGUGUGUGUGUGUGUGUGUGUGUGUGUGUGUGUUGCAGUUAAUUGCCAACUUUUUUUUUUUUUUUUUAAUUAAUUUUAUUAAUAAUAAUAAUAAUUAUUAUUAUUUGUUAUUUAUUAUAUGUUAUUUCCCAGGAAAAUAGAUACUAUUCACACACUGACCAAUAGUGAGGCAUGUUCUUGCGCUGUAUGGGCUUGCACCCAAAAAGCUCUGUGUGAAUCAUCAUGGACGAGGACUUUGAUUUCGAGCGUCGCAGAGAGUUACGGAGACAAAAGCGAGAAGAAAUGCAGCGGGAGGCAGAGAAGAUGAACUCUCAUGAUGAUGAUGAGGAAGCGGCCCGGGAGCGUCGGAGACGAGCCCGUCAGGAACGCCUGCGCAAUAUGGAGAAUGAUGAGUCAAGUAACAGUACAACAGAAACGAACAGUACAGAGACGUCCUCAUUGAUCACUAGUUCUGCACCAACUGAGGAUGACGAACAGGCUCUUUUGGAAAGGAUUGCCAAGAGAGAGGAGCGGAGACAGAAAAGGAUGAUGGAAGCUUUGGAGAGACAGAAGGAACUUGAUCCCACCAUUACGGAUGAAACUGAUACCACCGCCACAGAAGACGACCCAAGUCCUCAAAAUGACAAACAAGAGUCCUCCCAAAAUGACGUUCCUUCAACAGAAACCAAUUCCUGGAAGGAAAAGGAAGAGAUAAAAGAGGAGGAAAAGGAAGAGAUAAAAGAGGAGGAAAAGAAAGAGGAAAGCAAUGUGGAGGCUGAGGAGACAAUCGCAGUAAAGGAGGAUCCGAUGUCAUUCACGGCACCAGACGAACCCAAAGAAUCUUCUGAGAAGAUAGACAAACCAGAAGAGGAAGACAGACCACAGAGGUCCUACCUCAGAGAACAGGAAUCCAUGGAGGAGAAACCCGAAGAACCAGAGGUACCUAAUGAGGAAGAAUCUGUCAGUGAAAAUAUAGAGACUAAAGAACAAACAAAUGCAGAUUUAGCAAGUGCAGAUUUAGCAAGUGCAGAUUUAGCAAGUGCAGAUUUAGAGAAUGAAAAUGUAGAAGCUGAAAGUCUGAUAUCAAGAAAAGAACCAGCAAAAGAGGAUAAAAUAGAGGUGGAAGUCAUAGUGGAGCCAGCUACACCACAGAUUGAGAAGGAAGAACUGGUGCAGAAAGAAGAACAUGUAAAGGAACCUGAAGAAAAACUUGUGGAGGUGGAGGUUAGAAUUCAAGAUGAAGCUCCAGAGAAGAAGGAGGAUGAGAAUCCUAUUAAAGAGGAAGAGAAACCCCAUGUAGCUGUUGAAGAAACGCCAAAAAAAUCAUUUAGGGAAGUUGAGGUGAUGGCCAAAACCCCAAAGAAAGAAGAGGAGAAACCACAACUGAAGAAGGAGGUUGAAGAAAAACCAUCAACACCAAAGAAGAAGGUUGAGGAGAAACCUGUGACUCCAAAGAAAGAGGUCGAGGAAAAGCCUAAAUGGAAGAAAGAGGCUGAAGAAACGAAGGUCAAACUUGAAGAAAAAGUCAAAUCAAAGAAAGAGGAGGUUGUGGAGGAAAAGCCGAAACCUUCCUUUUUACGUGACAAACUGAAAGUGUCAACAAAGCCGCAAGAUGUAGCUGACAGCACUGCCAAAGCCAAGAAACCAGAGAAGACACUAAGUCCAACCAGCUUGCGUUCCCCUGAAACAGAGAAGCAAGAUCCCAUUGCCAAGGUGGAGGCAGAACGCAAGCUGCAGGAGCUGAAGCGCCGGCGGAACGAGACGGACAGCGAGGUGCUGGAGAAGAUGAAGCAGAAGCAGCAAGUGGCCGAGGCCGAACUGGAGGAGCUGAAGAAGAAGAGGGAGGAGAGGAAGAAAAUUCUGGAGGAGGAGGAGAAGCAGAAGAAACAGCAGCUGGCAGAAAAGAAAGCCAAAGAGGAGGAAGAGAGGAGGAAGAUGAAGGAAGAGAUUGAGCGAAGGAGAGCAGAGGCAGCCGAGAAAAAAAAACAGAAAGAGGAGUCGAAAGAAGGGAGCAAAGCACCAUUCAUCGCUCCAAAGGGCGCUUCUGCAAAAAUUGGUGAGAAGGCAGAAUUUCUGAACAAGUCUGCUCUAAAAAGUCCGGUGAAGACGUCACACACUCCAUUAGUUUGCAAGAUUGGAAACAGACUGGAGCAGUACACUUCUGCUGUUCAGACCAAAGAAGUGACCAGAUCACCCAAAUCUCCCGUGGACGUACCUGUGGCUGAAGGGCUGCGGAGCAUCAAGAGUAUGUGGGAGAAGGGGAAUGUGGUCAAUCCCACUCCGAGUCCUGCAAGCCCCCCAGCAGUCACCAAGGAAACAGCCGGUCUGAACAUCGGUGUGGCUGGUCGCAUUAACAGCUGGAAAACCAAGACUCCAGAGCCGAAACCCGCUGAACCGAAACCAGCCCCUGAACCAGAAAAACCACCUGCCAAAACAGACCAGAAGCCAGCUGAUGUCACUAAACCACGUGGCCCAUGGGAAACAAAGGGCUCCACACCUUCCAAGUCCCAGGUGUUCGCAGCCAAGAGUAAAUUCGUCACAAACGGAACAAAAAAAUAAGGACAUCCGAAUGACCCCAGAUCAGCCGAAAUGGAAGAGGCUUCCUUAAAAUGUGCACAAUUUUGCAACUUCAGGACACAGAUUUUACAAGUGGCAACCCAACACAGUACAAUUUCUAAAUAACACAGGCCCAAUAAUACAUAUUAAAGUAUUAGUAUUACUAUCAAUGCAGAUGCAUUUGACAGAGUUUGAUUGGACGCAAGUGUUUAAGUGGAAAGUGUUUUCACCUCCCUUUUAAACAUUGAUAAGCCUAUUUAUUUUGCUAUCCUAUCUAUGCAUGAUUAUAUGGUUAGCUGCAUUAUUUUACUUGCAUUGAGCAUUAUUUUUUCCCUGCUGUUCGCAACUCUAUACGAUGAAAAAUUCUCAUUUGAACUAUAUAAACAUUUACAUUUGUUAAAUUGGAAAAAAAUGGACAAUAAACAAUUACAAUUACAGCUACCAGUAACCAUUAGAACUAAUAGAAGCGGUCACAUUAUUCUAUUGUCAAUACAGUAGCAAUGUAUGAAGCACCGCUCACACACAGUGUUGGGGAAAGUUACUUUAAAAAGUAAUGCUUUACAAUAUUGCAUUACUCCCUAAAAAGUAACUAAUUGUGUUACUUAGUUACUUUUUAUGGAAAGUAAUGCGUUACAUUACUUUUGCAUUACUUUUUGUCACCUGAGAUGGGCUUGCAUCUUUUUUUAAUAACAAAAAAUAUUAGUUUUGGUAAAACUAAAGGCUCUUUCACAGCAAAAGUGAAAUGAAUAAGCCUCAUGGCCCUUUCAGACAGGACACGACAACGCCACGCCACCACUGCGCUAUGAAACCCAUUAUUUCAAUAGCUUGUGCUGUGCAAAGACGGUUUGUUGCUGCGUCGACCAAAGCACACGUGCGCACCAUUGGCAAGCUCGCGCGUGCUGUGGUGAAAGUUCAAAAUAGUCCAACUUUCGCCGCUGAACUCUGUGACGAUGACCCGCACGGCCAAUAGAAACGGAAUCAAAUGACUAGACGUAUAGAACUCCCGCUAAAAGUUUUGAAAACUCCGCCUACUUUGCUCUGGCCAGCGUAGCGCAAAUCGCUUUGUAUCUGAAGGGCUAUGCGGAACCCAUUAUGCGUCCUGUCUGAAGGGGCCUUCAGGCUGAAAAAAAGCAAAUUCACGCCUGUACAGUAGAGGGCGCAGCAAUAAAAACAAAAAUGAAACAAAUGUGAUGUUCAACCACAGUCAAUUUUGCUUAUUGGUAAAUAAUCGAAGGUCAGCAGCAAAGACAUUGGUUAAUAAAGUGAGAUUAAAUACAUAAAGUAUAUUUGUGUAAUUUAACAUUUAAUUACUGCAGGUUUGCGUAAUAUUCUGAGUUUGCAUUUCACUGCUUUUAUUAAUUUUGAGGAAUAUUGAAUCUGUUUUUGUGCAAGUGAAAUGAGUAAAUGCUCACAUUUAGGGCACGUCCACACAGAGACGCGUUUACGUGUAUACGCAAAAAUUGGUAUCAGUGUUUUGUUGAGACGGAUCCGACGUUUUCAGAACGUGAAACUGAUGUUUUUUUUAAACCGUGUCCAAGAGCGGAUAAAUCUGAAAACGACACCCUUGUGUUUCCGUGCGUACAGCCAAUUCGUAUAUUUUGUGAAAGGAUGAUGCCAUCACCCCACGUGUCGACCCUAGUCAGACACCGCUAUGUCACGUAACAGCAACAACAACAACAAUAGCGGACUACAUGCUUGUGUUCGUACUGCAGAAGCUACCGAGCCUAUUAGCUUUACUAAAGUAAAGCUUUAUUACUAAGCUUCACUAAAGUUUGUAUACAGCGCACAAGGUUUAUGCACAUGCUCCAAGUCUUCUUCUCAGUUUUUAGUGUAUCUCUGUGGAAGAAUUACAGUGCCACAUACUGGUCUGGCAUGUAUACUACAUCGUUUUGAGUCGGUUUCAGUGGUUUCGUGUGUACGCAGAUAUUUCUUGAGACAAUCGGAUAGGGAAAGCUCUGGCUUCGUGUGGAUGUAGCCUUAGUUUAGAACUACAAUACCCAUCAUGUUCACACAGCGCACACAACGCCUCUGAACUUACUCACGAUUCCUCUCAACAUGGGGACAGAGCUGUCAAUCAAUACAUGGGAAAACAAUCAAUACAAAGUAACUCAUAUUUUGUUGUAAAUUUAAAAGUAAUGCGUUUAAAAGUAAUACUAGUUACUUGAAAAAGUAAUCUGAUUACUUAACUCGCGUUACUUGUAAUGCGUUACUCCCCAACACUGCUCACAGAGAAGUCAGUUUCAAACCAUGCAGCUUUCUGUUGGGCAACGUGGCAAAUUUGAAACUGUACCUGUUGCGGAAUUGCCAUGGUGAAAUCUUUUGCACUUGUGGAAAAUUCUAGAUUGGAUGGAUUCCUAUUAAAAUGACUGGAUUUUGCCCUCGAAAAUUCACAGAACAGUAAAUGUGACCGCACCUUUAGGUGCAUUUAGCUUUUUAUCCUUGAUUAAGAAUAAUCUUUAGAAUAAUCUUUAGAUCUUCCCUCUAGAGUUUCAGAUCACCUGUUAAAUUUACACUCAUAAUAUAUAAUGCUUUGUAACAUGUGUUUGAUUGUGCUUUGCUGAUGAUGCUUUUGCCUGUAUGAAUUUUAUUCAUAUGCUUUGCACUUGGAGUCUCAAAGUCAUGCUACGAACACUACACAUCUGAUAAGAUAGUAAUAAAAAUCUUACAGAUACAGCAUUAUAAAGUAUUUUGGUAGUAAUAUAGCUCAACUCUUUAAUAAAAUAUUUGAAAUAUUAAGAGUUCAAACGGUCAGUGAUGAUCGCAAAAACUGUACAAUUAUUGUAUUAUCAAUCCAGCUUUCACAGUAAAGUAACGAUACAUGCA